AUGAAUAAAGCACCACAGCCUAUAACGGGACCCCCCUCCACCCCCCACCCUGCCCCCUCCCCUGGCCUGUCACAGCCCUCAUUCCCCCCUGGGCAGCCCACUUCUGUUGUGUUUGCCACCCCACCGCCUCCACAAAUGAACCCAACACCACAGACCCGACAGCCCUACUACACCAACAGGGCCAGCCUGCCCCCCGGCAGCGGGCCUCGUGGCGUCCCUCCCAGCAGUGCCCCUCGCCCCGUGACGCCCACCCAUGUCUACCAGCCGGGCCCUGGCUCCCAAAUGAUGAUGAUCCCCGGGCAACAGUUGUCCUUCCCCAGCUCGCCACAGGGACCCGCCUACUUCAUACCGGGACAGUACCGGUCAGCUACCUACGUGGCCACACCCCAGCAAUACCCAGUCCCAGCAGGCACCCCAGGCUUCUACCCAGGCACCAGCCCCGCUGAAUAUGGUACUUAUGCAGGGGCCUACUACCCCGCCCAGCCUCAGUUCACCCCCUCGGUGCAGGCGGCACCCGUCAUUAUGAACCCUGCCCCUCAACAGCAGCAACCACCACCUCAGCCUCCCCAACACAUGCACACCAAACGGGAACGCAAACAGAUCAGAAUAAGAGACCCUAACCAAGGAGGUCGAGACAUUACAGAGGAGAUUAUGUCAGGGGGCCGAAGUGGCUCUACCCCAACCCCACCACAGACAGCCAUAUCUGGAUCAGAAAGUACAGCAGUGGCGCAGGCCAACGGUGAGAGCGUCACAGCUGCCGCUACACCAGCACUGGUCAGACCAGAUGACAGAGGUAAACCCACGCCUCCUCCUCUGUCAAAGACCCCUGAACUUUCUAAGGGUGACCCCACCCCUGCAGAGGCUACAUCCUCUGACACGAACACUAAGCCCCCUGCGCCCCCUCUACUAUCAGAAGCAGAGCACGCCCCUCUCAACACUACUUCCACCCUUGCACCCAGCGCCCCUGUUGCAGAUGUGAUGGACGCUCCCCCGCCUCCAAGGGAACGCACUCCAUCCCCUCAAUCAGCGCCUGAGGUGCCGGCCUACCCUGCACCCCUCCCCGACCCCGCCCCCACCUCGACUGCACAAGACAAAACAGACAAGAAGGCUGCAGAAGAGCAGGAGGAGGAGGUGGAGAAAGAGGUGGAGACUAAAGCAGAAGAGGCAGCUGCCUCUCUGGACACACCUCUUGCCCCUCCCUCCACCACUAACGGUGUAGCAGCGGUCGAGCCUGAGCAGCUGUCGGUCAUGUCGCCACCCAGUCACCUGGAGGCUCCUCCGGAGUCUCCCAUUGCUCAGCCCGAGGAGCUCCGCCUUCCCAACGGCUUGCCGCUGCCUGCCCCUCAAGACCCCGAGGCCCCCGCUGUCAGCACAUCCGAGCACGACGACAGCCCCAUCGCUGAGCCCGAUGUCAGCCAGCAGCCCGUCACACAGACCUCCACAGAUAUCAGUCAGGCGGCACCUGCACCGGUUGUCCAAGCCACACCUGCACCUGUUGACCAGGCCGCACCUGCACCCACACCCGCUGUCCAGGAGGUUCCUGCUGAGUCGGUCGUCCAGGCAGCAGCGGCGGCCCAGGCUGAGUUAGAAGACGCGGCUACUCCGGUCACCCUGGAUGUCAAGGAAGAUACCCCAGUGCCCCAGUCCACUGCCAAGGAGGAGACGCCAUCUCCUGCAGAGACGGUUUCCAUAGCCGACAGCGCCCCAGAAACAGUGCCCACUCCUCCCCCUCCUGCAGCAGAGGAGAGGGAGGACGUCCCUCCUCCCCAGACGGUUACCCCUGUAGAAACUACUAUGCAAGCUGCUGUGUCUGUGCCAAAGAAAAAGAGGAAGAUGAAGGAUCUGAACAAAAAGGAGGCAGUGGGAGACCUCUUGGAUGCCUUUAAAGAGGAGCAGGUAGUGACCCCACCGGAGCCCGAGCCCGCCCCUGCCCCAGCGCCAGAGCCCCAGCCCCCUGCUGCCUCCUCUCCUGCCCCGGAGGAGGCGGACCUGACCUGGGAGGACAAGGAGGACAAGCUGGAUGCUGAGAACAUUCAGCCAGAUGCUCCCAAGUCGACGGCCACUGACAAGAAGUACCAGUACAAAGAAGAACAAUGGAAACCAAUUAACCCAGAAGAGAAGAAGAAGUACGACAGGGAGUUCCUUCUGGGCUUCCAGUUCAUCUCAGCCAGCAUGAACAAGCCUGAGGGUCUGCCAGCCAUCAGUGAUGUCGUCCUAGACAAGGCGAAUAAGACUCCUCUGCGACAGCUUGACCCCAGCCGUCUACCAGGAAUGAACUGUGGUCCCGACUUCACGCCCUCCUUCGCCAACCUUGGCCGGCCUGGCAUGGGAGGAGGAAGCAGAGGACCACCUCCAGGUAUGGGAAUGGGAGUCGGCGGUCCACGGCGUUCGCAGCAGAUCCAGAGGAAAGAGCCGAGGAAAAUCAUCACCAGCAUGUCACUCAAUGACGACGUGCAGCUGAACAAGGCGGAAAAGGCUUGGAAGCCAUCGGUGAAGAAAUCCGUUCGCAGCCGUGGAGCUGAGGAGCCGCCGCCGCAGGAGAUCGACGACUCUGAGCAGGGCAAGACCCAGGACCUGUUCAAACGGGUCCGCAGCAUCCUCAACAAACUGACCCCUCAAAAGUUCCAACAGCUAAUGAAACAGGUGACGGAACUGACCAUUGACACUGAGGAGAGGUUGAAAGGAGUCAUAGAUCUCACCUUCGAAAAGGCCAUCUCCGAGCCAGACUUUUCGGUGGCCUAUGCCAACAUGUGCCGCUGCCUUAUGGGGCUUAAAGUCCAAACCACAGAUAAGCCGGGAGUCACUGUGAAUUUCCGCAAGCUGCUGCUCAAUCGAUGCCAGAAGGAGUUUGAAAAGGACAAAGAUGACGACGAAAACUUCGAGAAGAAGCAGAAGGAGCUGGAUGCUGCACCAGGGGAGGAGGAGAAGCAGCGGCUCGUUGAGGAACUAGAAGAUGCUAAAGACAAGGCCAGGAGGCGCUCGCUGGGUAACAUCAAGUUCAUCGGUGAGCUGUUCAAGCUUAAGAUGCUCACAGAGGUCAUCAUGCAUGACUGCAUUGUAAAGCUGCUCAAAAACCACGACGAGGAGUCCCUGGAGUGCCUGUGUAGACUGUUGUCCACCAUCGGCAAGGACCUAGACUUUGAGAAGGCCAAGCCUCGUAUGGACCAGUACUUCAAUCAGAUGGAGAAAAUAAUAAAGGAGAGGAAGACCACCUCUAGGAUCCGCUUCAUGCUGCAGGAUGUGCUGGACCUGCGACGGAACAACUGGGUGCCCCGGCGAGGCGACCAGGGUCCCAAGACCAUCGACCAGAUCCACAAAGAUGCCGAGCUGGAGGAACACAGGGAGCAGAUGAAGGUGCAGCAAGCGCUCAUCUCCAAGAAGGAGUUGGGCGGAGGCCCAGGUGGCAGGAUGGGCGGAGGAGGUCCCGGGGGACGUGGCGGCCCUCACACCCCAGGCCGCGGUGCUCCUCCCCAGGACGAGGGCUGGAACACCGUGCCCAUCUCCAAGAACCGACCUAUUGACACCUCUCGCCUUAGUAAAAUCACUAAGACUCCUGUUCUUGACUUCAACAAUCAGUUGCUUGCCCCUGGAGGUAAAGGCACAUGGGGCAGCUGGGGAAAGGGCAGCAGCGGUGGCACCAGUGCCAAACCUGCAGAUUCUGGCUCGGAGUCAGGCAGCCGUCCAACCACCAGCACUCUGAACAGGUUCUCAGCCCUGCAGCAGCCUUCGUCCUCCUCGCUGGACUCAGACAGACGAGUUCCUCAGAGAAACAGCUCCAGUCGAGAGCGCGGCGACCGCUUCGACCGCGGCGGCGACCGCUUCGACCGGCGGGACGACCGCAGGGACGACCGCGAUCGCAACCGGCUGCAGGUCACCAAGCGCAGCUUCAGCCGGGAGAACGAGGAGCGGAGCCGCGAGAGAGAGCAGCGCGGGUCGGCUGAUCCCGUCCGCCGCGUGGCGAGCAUGACGGACGACAGAGACCGAGGCAGCAGAGAGAGAGCCAGGAGCAAAGAGAAUGUGAAGCGGGAGACAACUGCCACCCCUCCACCUCCCCAGACCCCCACCAAGCCUGCCUUGACUGAGGAAGAGCUGGAGAAGAAGUCCACGGCCAUCAUCGAGGAGUACCUGCAUAUCAACGACAUGAAGGAGGCGCUGCAGUGCGUGCAGGAGAUGAACAGCACUCAGCUGCUCUUCGUGUUCGUGCGAAACGGUCUGGAGUCGACGCUGGAGCGCAGCACCAUCGCCAGGGAGCACAUGGGCGUGCUGCUGCACCAGCUCCUGAAGACCGGCACCCUCCCCACACAGCAGUACUACAAAGGGCUUCAGGAAAUCCUGGAGGUGGCUGAAGACAUGGCAAUAGACAUCCCCCACAUGUGGCUGUACCUGGCAGAGCUGAUCACUCCCAUGCUCCAUGAGGGAGGAAUCCCCAUGGGAGAGCUUUUCAGGGAGAUUUCAAAGCCUCUGAUCCCUCUGGGGAUAGCCGGAGUCCUGCUGGUCCACAUCCUCACUUUACUCUGCAAAGGAAUGAGCCAUAAGAAGGCGGGCACAAUGUGGAGAGAGGCAGGCCUCCAGUGGAAAGACUUCCUGCCUGAGGAUGAAGACGUCAACAAGUUUGUGACAGAAAAGAAUGUGGAGUUCACGCUCGGCGACGAGUCGGAGAAGAGCAAGAAGAAGGAGCUGAGCUCUGCAGAGCUGAGCAAACAGCUGGACAGACUGAUCCAGGACAAGGCCGACAACCAGAGGAUCUUUGACUGGAUCGAGGCGAACCUGGACGAGCAGCAGACGUCCUCCAACAUGUUUGUCAGAGCUCUGAUGACCUGCAUCUGCCAGUCAGCAGUCAUCUGUGAGAACCCCUACAAGGUGGACGGGGAGCAGAUCAAGCAGAGAGCCAAGCUGCUGCAGAAAUACCUGAAGGAUGAGCAGAAGGAGCUGCAGGCCCUCUACGCCCUGCAGGCCCUCAUGGUGCAGAUGGAGCAACCUGCCAAUCUGCUGCGGAUGUUCUUUGACACUCUUUACGACGAGGACGUGAUCAAAGAGGAGGCCUUCUACAAGUGGGAGUCUAGCAAAGACCCCGCCGAGCAGCAGGGCAAGGGCGUGGCCCUCAAGUCCGUCACUGCCUUCUUUACCUGGCUCCGCGAGGCCGAGGACGAGUCCGACAACAGCUAGGCCCCACCACCACCACC